AUGUCAUCCAUUUCACAUGUGAAAACCAACUACAAAUAUGCCUCUUCUUCCGCCAAUUGCUCUUUCUAUCACCAUCUUUGCACUAUGUCAACGGAUUCUGGCAUACCACCCAUCAUAAGGCACCCCUUUGUGGUGACCUUCACUUGGUUCUACAUGGCCCUACAAGCUGUCUUGACCUGGGUCUUCGCUCCGGUCCCCCCACCUCCAACCAUGGGGAAUGAAAACAUCCCCAAAAAGAGAGUCGCGGUAAUUGGUGCCGGUGUAACGGGAGUCUCGUCGGCAGCACACUGUGUGGGACACGGCUUCGAUGUGCAGUUAUUCGAAUCGAGAAACAAGGAAAAGGGCUUGGGUGGUAUCUGGAGCAGAGUCAAUUCCACCUCAGCUUUGCAGGUCCACAGUCUCAUGUACCGUUUCCAUCCAGCAGUCAGCUUCAAUACCGCAUAUCCCACUCAACAACAGAUCAAGGAGCAAAUCAUCGGUCUGUGGAAACGCUAUAACUUGGAAGAUCGCACUGUCUUUGAUACAAAGAUCACUUCGGUCAAGCAGAACGACAAUGGGAAGUGGAUCAUCAACGACAACGAAGAGCAGUACGGUCUCUUCGAUGGCGUCCUGGCGACAGUGGGCGUGUGUGGUGACCCCAAGAUGCCACCCUUGCCGAACCAGGACAAGUUCAAGGGCGAGAUCUACCACUCCUCUGAGUUGGAUGGAAAGAGCGCAAAGGGCAAGAAGGUGCUGAUCGUGGGUGGUGGCGCCAGCGCCAUUGAGGCCUUGGAGUUUGCCGUCAAGAAUGGUGCUGCUGAGAUCGAUGUCCUUUCUCGAUCGGACAAGUGGAUCAUCCCUCGAAACGUCCUUGUGCAGUCUCUGUUAGCAUGCAACAUUUUCGGCCAGGAAAUCACUCUCUCGUGGAUCCCUGAAUGGCUGCUGCGAAAGUUCUUCUACCGUGACCUCCAAGAUAUCGCGCCCACAGACAAAGGAAUCUUCACCCAAACACCCAUGGCCAACGACGAACUGUUCAAUCAAAUCCGGGAGGGCAAAGCCCAUUGGCUCCGAGGUGACAUUGUCUCGCUAGAAGAGAAAGGAGUUUCGUUCAACUUCAGGUCCAAGGGAGUCCCCAAGGGAGGACCCGGCCGGGAGCGACUUGUUGAAGGAGACAUCAUCGUCAUGGCGACUGGCUUCAAGCGGCCCUCUCUGUCCUUCUUGCCGGAGGAGGUAUUCGAGGAACCGUACGGCCCGCCGAGCUGGUACCUCCAAGUCUUCCCUCCCAAGUACCCAGACAUCUGCGCAAACAACAGUACCUACGUCGAUGCAAUUGGCACAGUGGGCAACAUGCACAUUGGAAUCUACACCCGAUUCUUGCUGAUGUUCCUCACUGAUCCAUUGACGCGCCCAAGUGAACAACGGAUGAAGGUAUGGAUCGAUUUCACAAGGUUCAUGAAGCGCUUCAGCCCCACUGGAGCGUUCGACUUCUUUACCUAUGCCGAGCUCAUAUACUGGUACGUCUUCUGUUUGGUCGUCAAUCCCUUCCGUUGGAAGUGGGCGCUAUUCGUGUUCUUUGGUAUUGGACGUGGUUUGCCUUUGACGAUCGUGGAGCAAGAGAAUGCAUUCCGCAGAGAGUUAAAGAAAGAGCGCAAGGCCCACAAGUCCGAGAAGUCCAAGGCCAACAAAGCCAACAAGGCUCAUUAA